UAAAGGGCAGCUGUGUUCCCUGCUUCGGUGUAUUUGGCUUGGUUCAGCUAACCUGGAUCAAGUAAACAGCUCAUUAUGACUGCAGUGUUACUUUCCCUGUAUGCAUGCUUGGCUCUAGCUCUAGCUCUGAGCAAUGCGGCUCCAGUUCAACAUGAUGUCAUGAUAAAAGAUGCCGCUGAGGACCAUUCCCAGCCUAAAGGAGAGGACCACCAUUAUGCAAAACCUGAUCGGUGUAAAGGCAUUGAGUUUGAUGCCAUAACUCCAGAUGAAAAAGGAAACACUUUCUUUUUCAAAGGUGACCAUUUAUGGAAAGGUUUUUCCGGACCAGCUGAGCUCUCAAACAACACAUUCAAAGAACUGGAUGACUAUCAUCACCUGGGUCAUGUUGAUGCAGCCUUCCGUAUGCACCAUCAAGAUGAUCUCAGUGUUCAUGACCACAUAUACUUUUUUCUGGAUGACAAAGUCUUUAGCUAUUACAAUUACACCCUUGAGCAAGGCUACCCUGUGGAAAUCCAGCAGGAGUUUCCAGGCAUCCCCAGCCAUCUAGAUGCUGCUGUUGAGUGUCCCAAAGGAGAAUGCAUCACUGAUUCAGUGUUGUUCUUCAAAGAUAAUGAAAUUUAUAGCUUUGACAUCAAGACAAAAUCGGUUAAGAAGAAGGUGUGGGCACACUUGCCAAACUGCAAAUCUGCCUUCCGCUGGCUAGAGCAUUAUUACUGUUUCCAUGGUUACAACUUCACUAGAUUCCAUCCUGUUUCUGGGGAUGUGAUGGGAGCAUACCCAAAAGAUGCUCGAAAAUACUUUAUGAGGUGUGAAGGAUUUGGUCAUGGAGAUGGUGCAAAAAAGCAACGCUGCAGUGAGGUCAAGCUGAAUGCUAUCACCACAGAUGAUAAAGGGAGAUCAUAUGCAUUCCAGGAUGCAAUGUACAUGCGUUUGGACACACACCGUGAUGGCAGCCACCAUUUCCCUAUUUCAAAGUUAUGGAAGGAAAUUUCUGGUGUGGUGGAUGCUGUUUUUGAUUAUGGGGAUAAUAUGUACAUUAUCCAGAGUGAUCAAGUCUACAUAUACAAAUCAGCAGCACAUUUUACACUCAUAGAGGGAUACCCUAAACCUCUGAAGGAGGAGCUGGGCAUCGAUGGUCCUGUGGAUGCAGCAUUUUUGUGUCCAAAUCAGCACAUAGUAAACAUUAUUCAAGGUCAAAAGAUGUAUGACAUUGAUCUUGCGGCCACCCCUCGAGCUGUUAAAAUGGAGAGACCUAUUCCCAUUCCCAAAAUUGAUGCUGGCUUCUGUGAUGCUGAUGGUGUAAAGGUGUUUAUUGGUCCAGAAUACUAUUCAUAUCAAAGCCCAGUGAUGGACGAGAUCAAACCUACACCUCAAAAGAUCUCUCCAGAAAAAUUUGGCUGUGAAGGAUAAAAGCAAGGCAAGGAAAGAGCUUCAAUUCAGUUCAGUUCAACACUUAAUUUAUCCCUUAGGGGCAGUUCAUAAGGGCACAUGGAGUAACAUAAUAAAUAAAUAAAUAAAUAUAUGUUUAUACAACCAUUUGCAAAUAAAAUUAUGAGGAAAGUUACUGUGUAGUAAAAAUGGGGAUCCAGCAUGGUUGGGGUUUUAAAAGCUGCACCAUUUAUGGGUCAGAGGUUGCCUUCCUCCUUUGUGAUCUGCACCCUGGGCAGUUAAAGGGUUAGUUCACCCAAAAAUAAAAAUUAGCCUGUGUCACCCUCAAAGCAUCCCAGGUGUAUAUGACUUACUUCUUUCAGACGAAUCCAGUCUGCGUUAUAUAAAAAGUUAUCCUUGCCAUUCUUGAUUAGCAAAUCUUAUAUGGUAGAAUUCCUUAAUUUAAAUGUAAAAUUCAUUUUAGAAUGUUGAACCAAACUUUGAAGGUUUAAUUAAAAUCAGGUCAUUUGCAGGUCAAGCAGAUGUCAGAUGUUACAUAAUCAAACAUAGAGUAAAUAAGAUCUUAGUGACAACUAAAAUAAAUGGAUUUAGAGCAAAUAAAGAGCAAUAAAACUAAUAAAUAAACAAACUAUUUUUUUUAAUGGAUACGUACUAACAAAAUAACCUUUAACCCAGAGCUGAAGUGAAGAACCCAAUUUAUUAAAGGAAUAUACAAUUUAAACAACAUUUUGACUAGACAGCAAAAUAAACAAACAUGAACAAACAUAUAGAUUCACCAACAGUGUUGUAGAAACAAAAUACACAACAAGGAACCAUGACAAACUUGAGGGCUUAUAUACACAGAGACUGGAUAAUCACUUGAAUUGUUGGAGAAUCACAAGACAAACCAGGAACUAUACUGUGAACAAGAAUACAAAAUAAAAGACAAACACAUGAACAAAACCUAUACCAACAUUAAAAGUGCUCGACAUUUUUGAGAAUUUAAGAUAUGCUUUUUUCACAAUGCAUCAAUAUUACAUUUGCAGCAAAUCAGUAUAAUACAUUUAAUACUGUACUUAGACUAUGGUGUAAACUUCUGGUGUAGGAAAAGUAUCUGAAUAAAAGUAAUACAAAUUAAAAAGAGAAUUCCAAUUGGACAUUUUAACAAAGAUAUAACAGGGUUAAUAUCAAAAUGUCUAAGCAUGGUGUGUAUUUAAUUAAGUCUGAGAUUUUGUGUCAUUCCUGCUUUUCCUGCAUUCCUGCUGUUGUGUAUUCAUAUAUCUUAAUUAAGAAUUGUUCAAUUUUCUUUGAAAUAUGCACAAAACAAAGUUGUUCUCCAAUAAAAGCUUUCUCAAAUUGGAACCAGUGAAUAUAA